AUGUCUUCCGAUUUCCUCUACGAAGUCAACGAGCGCCUUAUCGAAUGGCUAAAGCAAGACGCAACAAACUUCGACGAUGAACCAUCUGAAGAAGACACGCCUUCUGACGAAGAAGAACCGGAAACUAAGUCGCAUAACCCUUUUGGACGAAUGGCUCACGGCCUGAAGAAGUGGUUCACACACAAUUGCCAUCGCGAGGGCUAA